AUGAGAAAAUCCAUAACAGGAAAGACAGCACCAAAGAACAUUUCUGUGUUUCUUCGAGUGCGUCCACCUGUUCCUCGUGAGGCGAAAUGCACAUUUAAUAACAUUUCAUACGAUGCCGAAGAUCCCCGUAAAAUCACUGUUGCGCGAAAGUCUGGACAAAAGACAAUAGAAAAGACAUUUGUAUUCAAUAAAGUAUUUCAACCCAAAACAUCUCAGAAAACUGUUUAUGAUGAAUUCGCCCGUGGAGCUGUAGACGCGGCCUUUGAUGGCCAACACGGUGUUCUCUUCGUGUAUGGACAGACCGGAUCGGGUAAGACGUACACGAUGAGCAACGAAGAUCCCGAAAACCCCGGUGUACUCCAGCAGGGGCUGCAGGAAGUGUGGAGACGUAUUCACGAGGACACCGAGCACGAGUACACAUGCAGUGUGAGUUACGUGCAGUUGUAUAAUGAGAUCCUCACCGAUCUGUUAGACGCACAGAAGGGCCGCGUGCGCAUUCAACUCGGGCCGGAGGGGCGUGGAGAUGUCGUGCUGGUCGCCGAGACCUCCGGACUCGGCAUUGAAAAACAAGUGCAGACCUAUGAGGAGACGAUGGAGCUCUUCCGCAUUGGCAUGAGCCGCAAGGAGAUGACGAGUACAAUGAUGAACAACACCAGUUCCCGCUCCCACACAAUCUUCAGUUUCAACAUCACACGAGCCACGAAAGUAAAGACCGUCACCGUCUCGGAUGAUGUGACGACAAACACAGCUCCGCCAACCAUCGCGUUGGAGGGACGUCUGGUGAUUUGUGAUUUGGCGGGAAGUGAGCGGGUGAGCAAGACACAGGCCGAGGGAAAGACACUGGAUGAGGCCACACACAUCAACGGCAGUUUGCUGGUGCUUGGUAAAGUCGUCGCCGCACUCACGGAGAAGAAUUCACAACACGCCCCAUUCCGGGAAUCGAAACUCACACGUAUUCUGCAGUACUCUUUGCUUGGUAAUGGCAACACCUCCAUUGUGGUGAACUGCAGUCCGGCGGAUGACUCCACAGAAGAGACGAUGGGAGCCAUUCUUUUUGGUCAGCGGGCAAUUCAGAUUAAACAGGAGGCUAAACGCCAUGAGGUGUUGGAUUACAAAGCCCUUUAUCUUCAAUUACUGGCAGAGUUGGAUUCCAAGAAUGAUGGAACUCUCGAGAAUGCACUUUCAGAGGAGCGGGAGGUGUAUGAAGAGCGGAUUCGUGCAUUGGAGGAUCGUGUGAAGAUUCUCACCGCGGAGAAUGAUCUUUUACGGCAGGAAAGUGCCUCACUGAGUGGUGGGGGCGAUGGAAAUCCGGACACCACCAACACGGCCUGGCAUACAAUGAGCAAACAACUACGCAAUACGCUUACCGAGCGGGAUGAGAAGAUACGCACUAUUAAUGAUGAACGGUUCAAGUUAGCCAUUCUACUUGCUGAGGAGAAGCGUACGGUAUUUCGAUUGGCCGAGAAGCUCCGGGCGACGAUGAUAAGAUAUCAGAUGGAGUCCGAUCGCUGGGUGCAGCGGAUGGAUGAACUCGGCACGGAACUCGCAAAGGUGAAGGGCACGGAUUACAUUGGAUUUCAGCCCGCAGAUGCCGCCGCGGAGAGUUCCACCUCUACACCCGUAACCCCACAGUAUGCAGAUCCUAAUGGUAUGUCUCAGACCACAGGCCAUGAAGAGGUGUAUUUACAAGAACAGUUAGAAAAGGCAUAUCAACGUAUACGUUCUCUUAAUCAAGAGCGUAUAGACCUCAUUGUUUAUCAAUCACGAGCGGAAAAGGCUAUUCGUUUAUUACAUGCAGAGAAAACAGCUCUUACUAAGAAACUUUCGCAGGAAAAGGAGAAAGCGUGA